GGUCACGCAGUUAGACCUGGAAGUUCUAGCCGCCGCUGGGCCUAAAGCCGGUCAACUCCAGGGGAGCAGUUCCUCGGCUCUGAGAGGCUGCUGCUGCCAUGGCGGCCCAGGGGAGUCUUGUGGCUAACCGAGGACGGCGCUUCAAAUGGGCCAUUGAGCUGAGCGGGCCGGGAGGCGGCAGCAGGGGCCGAAGUGACCGGGGCGGCAGCCAGGGAGACUCGCUGUACCCGGUUGGUUACUUGGACAAGCAAGUGCCUGAUACCAGCGUGCAAGAGACAGACCGGAUCCUGGUGGAGAAGCGUUGCUGGGACAUUGCCUUGGGUCCACUGAAACAGAUUCCCAUGAACCUCUUCAUCAUGUACAUGGCAGGCAAUACUAUCUCCAUCUUCCCUACAAUGAUGGUGUGUAUGAUGGCUUGGCGACCCAUUCAAGCACUUAUGGCUAUUUCAGCCACUUUCAAGAUGCUAGAAAGUUCAAGCCAGAAGUUUCUGCAGGGUUUGGUGUAUCUCAUUGGGAAUCUCAUGGGUUUGGCGUUGGCUGUUUAUAAGUGCCAGUCCAUGGGACUCUUGCCUACACAUGCAUCAGACUGGUUGGCCUUCAUUGAGCCCCCUGAGAGAAUGGAGUUUAGUGGAGGAGGAUUACUUUUGUGAACCUGAGAGAGAAGUUCCUGGUGCCUAUGUGUAUAUGAAGCUCAGCGGCUCCUCAACAUACUCACGUUAUCACUCAUGCUGAAAAGAACUAAAAGCUCUCUUUCUCCAUCAUAGGAGAUAAAUCCUAGAAAGAAUGUAUAUAUCACUACAAACACAAACUGUAUCACAACCCUUGACUGAAAAUAAUGUAGAAAAUUUUAUUUAUGUUUCCAGUACAGAGCAAAACGACAAAGAAAACUAUGUAAACAAAAAAUGUUUGCUGCUAAUCAAGAACCACAGCAGCAUUUCCUUUCAAUAAAUUAAAUGAACAAUACUUAAAAAAUA